AUGAAACAGAGUGUUCCAAUACAGUAUUUAUCAGGCUUUAGUAACUCUGCUACCCCUGUUCUGAAGGUGAGAAACUAUAUUAAGGAACAUGGACCUCGACAACGAUCUGCGAGGGAGAGCUGGAAGAGGAGCAGUUACAGCUGUGCAAGCACCAGUGGUGUGAGCGGUGCCAGCAGCAGCAGCGCAAGCAUGGUCAGCUCUGCAAGCAGCAGUGGUUCUAGUGUUGGCAACUCUGCUUCAAACUCAAGUGCCAACAUGAGUCGAGCACACAGUGAUAGUAACUUGUCCACAAGUGCUGCAGAAAGAAUCCGGGAUUCAAAAAAACGUUCUAAGCAACGGAAACUACAGCAAAAGGCUUUACGCAAGAGACAGCUGAAAGAACAAAGACAGGCUCGUAAGGAGAGACUGAGUGGAUUAUUUCUUAAUGAAGAAGUACUAUCUUUAAAAGUGACUGAGGAGGACCAUGAAGGAGAUGUGGAUGUUUUGAUGUGACAGGGGUGAAUUUAUCAGUGUUCUUUCUAAGCCUUAAAUGUAUUAUCCUUAUUGUUUACAUAUAUUUCUUGACCAAAUUUUGAUUAGCAUUAACAAUAUAAUCCAGAUUAUUUCUCAACUGUAACUUUGGGUAAGAUGUUUCAGUAUUAAGUAACUUGAACUUUUUGAGGCUAAUUUUGCAACAGAAAUUUCAGAAACUUCAUUGACUUCUGAAAAGCUGCUGAGUAGUUA